UGUUUUUUAUUCCUCUAGACUCUAGAACUAUGAAGUCAUUUAUGUAGAUUUUCGUGAAAGUCAUUCUUGGUUGAGGUUAAUAAUAAUUGUAAUUAAAAAUUAUAAAAGAAAUAGUGUAAGGUGACGCGAGUGCGAUAAGUUUGGAACAAUGGAUAUCGAACAAAUUCAUGGAUACGACAUUAAGCAAUGUCUAAAUUUGAUAGUGAUUGGCAAAGAUGCAGAGGUUAUCGAAGGAUGGACCAAACUGAAAAAAUUAGAAAGCGAGCCAGCAUACGGACGAUUAAGCGAUUACGAAACUAUUUUGAGGGAAAUACUGAACGAUCAGAUAUUCAAUGUGCACGAAGUCCCAAAAAUACUGGCGUGGUUCGCAAACUAUGUGACCGAGCCAUUUUCCGUUAACCCGAUUUCGGACGAUAUCGCGGCGAUGAUAAGAAACACGGAAAUCAGAUACAUGUCCGAUUUAACGAUGAUACUCCAGACGUUAAUGAAAUACAGCGAAUAUCUGCCAGACAGCGCGAACCACUCUAAACUCUGCGAGGCGAUUGUCAUAAGACUGUCUACAUUUUCAAUGCCGCCCGAUCCAAAAGAGAUUUGCGAAUUCACCGACAAUGCAACCAAAGUUCAAAACUUCUUGGAAACAGUACAAAAGCAGUCUAAGAAUAUCGAAAGGAACAAAUUAAUUUUUAUAUACCUCCAAACAUUGUAUAGAAUUAUAUCGGACACUAGACGUAAACAGGAGCCCGGACCUGGUUUGGCAGCUAUAUUACAGCUGGUAGAACCGUCCAUCAUACCCCAGGCCGUGGAUUGGAUUCUAUCGGAAUCGCAGUGCGACGCGCAAUUGAUCCACGCUUUAAAGGUGCUAUGCAAUUGGCUUCCAAAGUGGACGAGGGACAGACUCAGUAUCUGGAUCAUGAAAUUUAUACUCGGUUUAGAGAAGCAACACAAAUAUUCCGUGCUGGUCGAGGUCACGAAGGCUACCCUCGACGUUAUGUUUUACGCUUUGCUGGUGCCGGUGACUCGACAAAACGCUUCUGAAAUCGUAUAUCACGUUUUGAGGAAACAGGGAUCCGUGGCUCUGUUUCGUGCGACAGAGAGAAAUAUACAGAGAGCUUUGACUUUCUUAAUGAAAGAAGAUUCCGAAUCGAGCAAGAAAUGCAUGCAGAACUUGAUCGAUAUUUUUAAAGCGCACACAUUAAGGUUUCCGGGUCAACGUUUAUACGGUAACAUGGAAAACGGUUUUCCCGUACCACCGAGAAUGCAAGUCGUUAACGAGAUUUUGGACGAUCAGAUUUGGGUGAGCGAAACGGAAGAGACAGAGCCGUUGAUGGAAUCGCCGAAAUUACACUCUGGAAAAGUAGGGCUUUCCAAUCUUGGAAACACUUGUUACAUGAACAGCGUGUUACAGGCGCUGCUAAUGACCAGGCAAUUUUGUUACGAAGUAUUAACGUACAAGCCGUCGAGUAAUCCGAACGAUCACGUCGUACUUAAAAAAUUACAAAAGCUGUUCACCCUUUUAUCGUACUCGAAAAGGAUGUCAUUGGCACCGAACGAAAUUCUAUUAGCUUCCCGUCCAGCUUACUUCCUACCCGGCCAACAACAAGAUAGUUCAGAAUUUCUCUGUCAUCUAUUGAAUCUCUUGCACGAACAAGAAAAAUCUGCGAUCGUAAAUUCCGAAGGCAACGACUCCAAUCCGAGAUACAAGGACGAGAAAGAGAUAAACGAUGUCUCGUCGAUAAACGACGAUGGAAGUUCGAUCAAACGUUGGACGACCGAAGAAGAUUUAACCGGAAGUAUAUCGUUGGAGAGGAAAACGCAAUCGCUGGCUGACUUUUCAGAAGGAGAAGACCUGGCACAGACGCAGCAAUUCAGCGACUCUCGUUCAGACUCGACGGACAGCGGAAUACAGUCCGUGGGCGGAGAGGAGACGAGCACGCAAGUUCCUCUGGUGCACAGGGUGCUAGGAGGAAAAUGUAAAAUUACUUAUCAGUGCGCACAGUGCGAUACCAGUUCGCACAAUACGGACAAGUUUCGUGAUUUGCAACUGUGUUUCCCGGAGGAAAUACAGGAGAAUCAAGAGGUGUCCGUGCAAGAUCUCAUCAACUAUUACCUGACGCCCGAGAAAUUGACCGGAGAGAACAAGUACAGAUGCGACAAGUGCACGAAGCUGUGCGACGCGCAAAGAAUUAUCAAAAUCCUGCACACGCCGACCUAUCUGAUCCUGAUAUUGAAGCAUUUCCGUUACGACUUCGACACUAGGUUAAGAACGAAACUUCGGCACAAAGUGAUGUACAACGAAACUAUACAGUUGCCCGUACCGACGCCUCUGUGCACAACCACCGAAACGUAUCAACUGUACGCCGCAGUCGUGCACUCCGGUUACAGCAUGGACUACGGUCAUUACUUUACGUACGCCCGCGACUCGAAGCAGAACUGGUACAAGUUCAACGACAGCUACGUCUCUCAGACGACCUUCAACGACUUCAAGGACCUGAGACCACCCGACACGCCGUACAUAUUGUUCUACGAGAAAACGGUACCGUUCGACGGGGUCUACGACGAGGACAAACCGGAAUUAACGACGCUGAGCAAAGCGCUGCAAAGCCUGGUGGCGAACGACAGUACAGCUUACAUCAAGGAGCUGAGGCAUCAAGCGGAGAAAUCUCAGCACGGUCGACAAAGCUCCGUGCUGUUGCGGAGGAACGAGAAUUCCGACGACGAAAAUCCUCCACCCAGCAGUUGUCGGGGAGCGGUCAACAUGCCCGCGAGCCGUUUUCUUUAUUAGGUUAAUUUUCCAUUUCGUAUUUAAAUAGUGUGUAUGUAUGUAUGUAUGUAUGUAUAUAUAUAUAUAUAUAUAUAUAUAUAUAUAUAUAUAUAUAUAUAUAUAUAUUCUUUUAUAAAAAUCGAAGUUCCAGGUGAAUUUGUAACGCGUAUUCCUUACGACGCCGAGAACGAGAGAAGAUAACGGUUCCUUUGUAAUCGAUAACAGUGCUAUUGCCUCGAUCGGUGUGUCGAUGUAAGUGUUCAGUAGUCCCGAAGAAAACAGUAUUUUAUAAAAAUUGGUACGCAUCCCGGACCAUAUACAUACGCAUGUACUACCAGAUGCGGCGCGUGCACGGUGCGUGUACAGAAAAGCCAAGAGUUCGGCGAUGCGAAGAGGACUCGCGAGGAAACGGUUCACCGUGACGCGGCUGGACGAUGGUUCAAAAUGGCUGGCACGGCAUCGGGCUUCGAGUUCGAACGUUGGAUGCUAUCGGAUGCCAUCCACUCGCGUUCACCGUCGACGAUCGCGUUGCUUGAACUUAAUUUUGAAUGUUUUUUAAAACAUCGGUGCGCGCGCACGCGACGUUUCAAAGGCUGGAAACGGAACGAAAAUAGCGGUGGGAACGUAAUUUUCCACCGAGAAGUAUCUCUCGUUGCUUUUAAUUCGGGUAUUAGCUAAAUGUAAUAUUUCGUAUUCGAUCGAUCGAAUUUUCUUUCUAAAAUUUCAAUAUUUUCGCCCGCCCGUUAACGGUCGAACGUUAAAAGAGAUCGACGCGUUUGGAACAUCGGUGCGUCGUUCUUUCGAAAUCGCGGAUACGCGUAUCGUAGCUUCCGCAUCGAGUUCACCGCGACGUCGCGCACACGAUUCGUGUCUCGGCUUCGGACAAGUUAUCCGAAGCCGUGUCCAUAGUUGUACGUUGCUUAAAGUCUAAGGUGUACGUACGAUCGUGUAACCAUGGUAAUUCUUUCUAUUUUCCAAUACGCGUUACCGUUCGACCCAGAAUCGUACCCUGUACCACUGCGUAACGCGUCGCGCAAAUUCUUUAAUUUCGUUCACGACGUCGCGGUCGCGCGAGACAGGCGCGGGACAGGGAGGAAAAAGCAUCGCCGUUGCUCUCGUAGGGUCGUGCGAAAAAGAAAGAACGAACGUUCUAUCCUGUUCCAUAGCAGUUUGUACAAAAGAGAUAUCCGUGUAACACCUUAGCUUAGGGCUUGGGCGACGCACAACCCCUCCCCCCCCCCCUCCCCUUCUCCGCUCCAUGUAUACUCCACGAGUCUACGAUCGUCGUACGAUUUUUGUGUACGACUUUCUUAACAUUUUCUGGUAACGCGUUGCAACAAAUUCUUGUUAUAGGUCGGCGAAUACGGCGUUAAAACGUUGUCGAGUACGGUGACCGAAUUUUCAUCGGAUAUUUCGAAAAGUUUGUUUCGGCGAGAGUAAGUUGUUGGUACGCGCGCAACAACUGUACGCGGCAAGACGAGCCGCGAUAACUUGGUAAGAAACGCGACGCGAUCGGCCGUGUUUCUAUGUACGUACGCGUUUACGAACGAGCGGCAGCGUUUCACCGAAAAAGGAAAAGAAAAAGAGACGACGAUCGGGUGUUCCGUGUUCUCGAGGCGCGGUUCCCGGCUCGUUCGAUCGAAUCGUCGUCGAUCGUCGCGCGAGAAAACGCAGCCGCGUAAUUCGUCGAAACCGUACCGCGUUAAAAAUGACCGAAGCAUCGUAUCCUCGACAUCGUAUUCGAAUUUCGUAUUUCGCGUACAAGGUGUACAUAAAUUCGCCGCUUACUCGUCGAACGCAACGGCCAAUUUCUGGUUUUGGACGAGCGCGGGAACGCUGGAACUACCGAGCAAUCGAGGUCGUCCGUACGCUCGCUCGCGCACCGUCGAGACCUCGACCCGAAAGAGAACGAUAUCCGACGCGGACGGGCCGUUUCGUCCGGUUCGGUGGUUCCAGCGUCGCGAAUAGAAAGGAAAACGCGAAGAUUUCGAGUCCCGUUUGCUUCGACGGCGAGGGAACGGGAAAGGAACGAGAUAACCCGAGGAAAAACGCAAGAUCGAUAGUUGUUAUUAUUGUAAAUAGAUGUAUUUUAAUCAUAGUUACGAUUUAAAAGGCGAGAAACACGAAAGAAGAAAGAAAAAGAAAAGCGAACACUCCAAGCAUUACGAAUCUGUGAUAAAUUUGUACCGUCGAAUCGAUAACGUUAAUUUUUCUUAGCUCGGUAUUCGGACGAGACCACCGUUGUAUCGGCCGCUUUAAUUUCGAACGAAUCGAGGAACGCUCCACGAUUCUACCGCGUACACACGCUCGCAUCGUACAGUGUACAGUAUUCGUUGGAUCUUAUAGAUUUGUAAAUGCCCGUAGACCGUCGGCGUCUAGAAAUUUGCACAAAAUGGUGAGAGAGAGAGAGAGGGAGAGAGAAGGCGGGCGUCGCCGGAAAAAGCGGUCGUUCGAACGGAUCGUUUUAAAAACUGCGCGAUCGCAUCGUCGGCAUUCUUCGAUCGAACGAUUUUACAACGCGCGGUGCUUCUGGUUUUUAUUCGCGUUAUUAUUUAUGUUGCAUCGACCGUGUGACCACAAUGUAGACAGAGUGCGAAAGACUCGAUUAAAAUACAGUUCGAAACGAUAAAA